AUGGCCAGUCAAGCCCCUGCCGACACCGCAGGUGCCACUCAGGAUUUGCCUAAUCGCACCCAGAACCCCGCUGGGGAGGCCGCCCAGGCAGAUGUUUCGAAGAAUGCCGCAAAGAAGGCCGCCAAACAAGCCGAGAUGGCUGCUAAGAAGGCUGAGAAAGCUGCGAAGGCUGGAAAGUCCGACAAGGGCCAGAAGAGCGCUGGCAAGGGACCGAAAGCAAACCCCGAUAAGGCUCUAAUUGGUAUCGAUGUUGGCAAGGAAGAGGACUUCCCUGACUGGUACCAACAAGUCCUCACCAAGGGUGAUAUGCUAGACUACUACGAUGUCUCUGGCUGUUAUAUCUUAAAGCCUGCUUCAUACACUAUCUGGGAGGAGAUUCAACAAUGGUUCAACCUGCGUAUCAAGAAGAUCGGCGUCAAGAACUGUUCUUUCCCUCUUUUCGUUUCUGAGGAUGUUCUUCAAAGAGAGAAAGACCACAUUGAGGGCUUCGCGGCUGAGGUCGCUUGGGUGACUCAUGCUGGCUCAACCCCUCUCGAGAAGAAGAUUGCGAUUCGCCCCACUUCCGAAACUGUUAUGUACCCUUACUACGCCAAAUGGAUUCGGAGUCACCGUGAUCUGCCUCUCAGGCUAAACCAGUGGAACUCGGUCGUUCGAUGGGAGUUCAAGCAUCCCCAACCGUUCCUCAGAACUCGAGAAUUUUUGUGGCAGGAGGGACACACGGCGCAUCUUACUGAAGAAGGUGCUCGCGAGGAGGUCCUGCAUAUCCUUGAUCUCUAUGCGCAAAUCUAUGAGGAACUUCUGGCUGUUCCGGUUGUCAAGGGUCAAAAGACAGAGAAGGAGAAGUUUGCGGGUGGUCUCUACACUACCACUGUUGAAGGAUAUAUCCCUGCUACGGGUCGUGGUAUUCAGGGUGGUACUUCCCACGGUCUGGGCCAGAACUUCAGCAAGAUGUUCGGCAUUACUGUUGAGGACCCCUCAGUUAAAGGUGAUGAGAAGAAGCCUCAUCUCCACGUUUGGCAGAACUCGUGGGGUCUGUCUACUCGCACCCUUGGUGUUAUGGUCAUGAUCCACAGUGAUAACAACGGCUUGGUCCUUCCUCCUCGUGUUGCUGAGACCCAGACUGUCGUCAUUCCUGUCGGUAUCACCGCCAAGCUGGGUGAAGAAGACCGUGCCAAGCUGUACGCUGAAGUGGACAGGCUUGUCGAUACCCUCACUGAGGCUGGUGUGCGCGCCACCAGCGACAAGCGCGAGGGAUACUCUCCUGGCUGGAAGUUCAACGAGUGGGAACUCCGCGGUGUUCCUCUGCGUAUUGAGUUCGGCCCUGGAGAGUCCGCAGGCAACUUUGUUACUACUGCCCGUCGUGACGUCCCAGGAAAGGACGGCAAGGGGACCAUCGCCAUUCCCGAACUGCCGACGGCCGUCCCUGCUCUGCUUGAAACAAUCCAGAGCGAUAUGUACAAGCGUGCAGACGAUCAGUACCGCACUCACAGGAAGCUCAUCACCAACUGGGACGACUUCACUCCCGCCCUUAACAACAAGAACAUCUGCAUCAUCCCCCACUGUUUGACAGAAGAGUGUGAGGAUCAGAUCAAGGAUAUGAGCGCACGUAAGGCUGAGGAGGACUCUGGUGAGGCUCAGGACUCCCGGGCUCCAAGCAUGGGUGCCAAAUCCCUUUGUAUUCCCUUCGACCAGCCCGAGGGCAUUGUCCCCGGCGAGACAACGUGCACCAACCCUAAGUGUACCCGACUUGCCGAGAAAUGGUGCAUGUUUGGCCGUUCCUAUUAA